GGUUCGUUCUGCCGUGACUUAUCCCACUGCACGAUUUCUAGUCGCAUCCAUCCAUCCAUCGACCCCAGGUCAAUCAAGUAACGACACCAAACACCACCACGAAAAAAACAACGCGACAUCACAACUCCAGCUCCCCGCGCAUGCACACAGCAAAAUAACGAUACAACACAAUACUUCCGUCAUAUCAAGAACAGAACAAUCGGUCAAGAUGCUUUUAGCAGAGGAGCCCGCGACGCUCAUCUCGCACACAAUCGACAACUUCAACAUCCAACCAGACAAGCAAGCCAUCGCCCGCAUCAAUGAAUCUCUCUCCACCCUCCAGCAGGCCCGCGAGCUGCGCCUCCGCGAGGCAGAGAAUGCCCUCAAGAAACUCUCCCGCCAACUAAACACAAUGACAUCCCAACACGCAGAGCUAACCUCAACCCACUCCUCCACCGCCCACGCCUCCGAAAUAGCCCGCCUCGACACCACAAAAUUCCGCACCGCCAAAGCCGCCUCGGACGCAGAAAUGGAAGCAGAGCGCCUCGCCCAGCAGGCCGCCGACCUCAACGCCCGCCUGCAGGAGCUCGAGAUCCAGGGUCUCGACGGCUCCGCCGACGACCAGGCCCGCCGCCGCGACCCCGUCGACGACGAGGUGCUGCUGCGCCUGAAAGUGUACCGCAGCCUGGGCAUCGAGAUUGAGCGCGACGGAAAGGAUGGUAGCGGUACGGGAGAGUUCACGCGCGCGGUUGUGAGGAAUGAUCGCAAGGGGGAUGUGCAUGUUGUUAAUAUGGAUAAAAAGUUUUCAAAGUUCUUUUAUGCCAACUACUUUUGGCAGACUUUGUAAAUGGGGGUUCAAAAGAGAGGUUGUUUCUGUUUGGGUUUAAUGACGGCGUUUGGAGGACUUAUGAUCGGAUACCACGUCUCGAAUAGACACUUUUCUUCGCGAUUGCACCAAAGUUGAACAUCAAAUAUGUUUCCUCAAACAGUGGAAUUGUAGUUUGGUCACAAGAAUACGAAGCAUGAACACCACCAUGUCUUAUUGAG